CUCUCUUACAAAUGUCUCAAGUCUUCUCAAAAUCUCCCAAACAUUGUGCCCAGAAAGGACUAACGAUUGACAAGUCCUACAAGAAAUUAUUUCUUGUCUUCUCCGCAUUUUCUACCAUAUUUUUAGCCUUCGUAUUCAUCAUCUGGCUUAUCCUUCACCCUGCAAAGCUUCAGUUCUCCCUCAGGGAAGCUGACAUCUACCAACUCAAUCUCUCAAGCCCUCACCUUCUCAACUCUUUCAUCCAACUCACCUUGCUCUUGAGAAACCCGAAUAAAAAGGACGGCCUUUACUACGACGAGUUGCAAGCUUAUGCUGCAUAUAAAGGCCAACAGAUAACUGGUGAUACCUCCCUUCCACCUUUCUACCAAGGACAUGGAGAAAGCAACCUGUUAACAACAUCUUUACAGGGAACAGGGCUGCCUGUGGCUCCAUCGUUUGGUUACGAAGUCGGACGGGACCAGACCAUCGGGAGAAUGGUCCUGACCCUGAAGAUAAACGGGAAGCUCAGGUGGAAGGUUGGGACUUGGGUUUCAGGCCGAUAUCGCUUCAACGUUAACUGUGUUUCAGUUAUGGCCUUUGGACCUAAUGCCCCAACAGUGCCACUGUGCUCAAAUCAAGCCAGUGUUCCACCGCUGUGUGAGAAGAUGUUAACUAACAUGUGCUUGGAAGUUAUUCAGUCCAUCUUUAUCAGCUUUAUGUUUCUGAAAUGA